CAGGGAUAGAGGACGCUGUAUGCCAAGCUCAGCAUCCAUUCCCCGGCUGUGUUCAAGCCGGAGAUAUCUCGGGUUUUCAAGAUCCACUCAUACUUUGGAGCAUCGCACUGAAGCUUUUUUGUUCGCAGACACUACGUUCUUACAGGACAUCACCCUCCGAGGGAGGGGAUGACGGUGGUCUUCAGAACUGGGAAUUAUUACAACAUUCUGAUCUCACAGCUGCUUGGCACCCCCAGCCCUGGAAUGCGGCCAUUGAGGAUAAUAAACCUUCCAGCCAUCUGUUGUCUAUUUCUUCUCAAGGUUUGCCUAACUACACCUCAGUGCAAACCCUACAUGGAUCUAGCAGGUAAACCAGGGAUUAACUGUAGUCAUCAGUCCCUCGUGUCUGUCCCUCGUUCUCUCCCACUGGACACAGAGAUCCUCUUACUGAGCUGCAACAAUCUCACCACGGUGGCUUUAAGCUCAUUUGAAAUCUUCUCAAAUCUCAGUGACCUUGACCUUUCCAACAACAUGAUUCAACACUUUGACUCGGACCUUCCUCUCCCGGUAGUAAAGUUAGAUCUCUCGGCAAACUCCUUGACCAGAAUUCCCGACUUCAGCAACCUCCGGAAUCUCAGGAAGCUCAUCCUCGACCACAAUAAGAUACAGGCUCUCCCCGAGGGAGCUUUCGAUGACCUGGUGUCACUGGAGGAACUGAGUCUCAGUGGAAACGCAAUCCGGGUUAUCCCUGAGAACAUCUUCGACCCUCUCGAGAACCUCAAAUAUUUAACCCUGUCUGCAAACAACAUCGAGAACUUUGGUGUAAAUGCACUGGAAAACAAGGAGUAUUUAGACGUAUUUGAUAUCUCAAACAACAUCCUGCAGUCAAUUCCUCAAAACUUUUUGAAAAUCUUAGCACCCUAUAUCUACCUUUACAAUAAUCCAUGGCACUGUCAGUGUGACACUGUGGGACUCCUGACUGAAUGGAUUCAGUUCAAUAAUGGUAGCAUCUAUAACAGCAGAAAGGAGGUGGAUUUAAAGAGUGUUGUUUGUUCAACUCCACCUGAAUGGUUUGGGACACCAAUUAUCGAUUUCCCUUUUGAGCAAAUCUGUCAGAUCAUUACAACGCCCGAAAUGGUCCCUCAGACAUCCACUGUUACAGAAAGACCCCAAAUCACCACUGCACACUGGCACUUAAUAUCAACACCAUCUCUGGAGGCUUGUGCUGGAUACACUGAUCUAGCAGGUAAACCAGGGAUUAACUGUAGUCACCGCUCCCUCGUGUCUGUCCCUCGUUCUCUCCCACUGGACACAGAGAUCCUCUUACUGAGCUGCAACAAUCUCACCACGGUGGCUUUAAGCUCAUUUGAAAUCUUCUCAAAUCUCAGUGACCUUGACCUUUCCAACAACAUGAUUCAACACUUUGACUUGGACCUUCCUCUCCCGGUAGUAAAGUUAGAUCUCUCGGCAAACUCCUUGACCAGAAUUCCCGACUUCAGCAACCUCCGGAAUCUCAGGAAGCUCAUCCUCGACCACAAUAAGAUACAGGCUCUCCCUGAGGGAGCUUUCGAUGACCUGGUGUCACUGGAGGAACUGAGUCUCAGUGGAAACGCAAUCCGGGUUAUCCCUGAGAACAUCUUUGACCCUCUCGAGAGCCUCAAAUACUUAACCCUGUCUGCAAACAACAUCGAGAAUCUCCCCAGCAACUCACUGCACAACUUAAAAAGUCUGACAACAUUAGAUGUCUCGGAUAACCAGCUGAGAACAAUCCCUCCGGAUUUCUUAGAGGGACACCCCAUGCUGUAUUUGUAUCUGUCUAACAAUCCGUGGCUCUGUGACUGUGACAUUCAGUACCUAACGGAAUGGAUCAGGGCAAGGGAUAAAUUCAAUGGUGGAGGAACCUUCAAUACCACAGACACUGUUUGCAAUGACCCCCCUGCAAUGAGGGGACUGUCCUUCCUGGAGCUGCACCCGUCAGAGCUGUGCACCACUAGCCUUCCUGGAUACACGACCCUGACAGUUCUCAGCACUGCAGGCCUGCCGACCACCACACGGCUCCUGAGCCCCGGUCCUGAUGAGGCCGUUAACCGCUGGGCACCAUCUUUUGCCCUCCUUGAGGCACUGAGCAUGCUCAGAUGGAGCUGCUUCCUUCUCUUCCUCCUGCACGGCCUCUGGUUCCUCCUUCUGCUGCUGGAGAGCGGUUUGCUCCUGUUCUACACCCUCCGCUUCCACCACCGGGGAUACGUGCCCAUGAAGCAUCUCGCCAGGAAACGCCUUGGCAUCCGACUGGUGAGGUACAGCCUGCUGGUGCCCACCCCUCGCCAGAUCUACCCCGCCCUCAGCCCCUUCGGGGAGCCGGGAGUCAUGGAGGAGGCCAGUAGCGGCCAUCCACCGGACAGUGUCUUGGGGCCACAGUUGAAGGCCCCUAGGCCCUCUUCCGAUCAUGCUCCUGCUCAUUUCUCGUGGACGGUCAACUCGGUCAAAGCCUGCAAGGUUUGUGAUUAAUCCCCUGGGGAUCUGAAUUUGCCCCAAUAUUAUCUCUACUGGCAAAAGCAACAGCAGACUGGCAUCUGUGGACCACUCGACCAGAUCCUCUGGAUCAUCAAGAGGCUGGCAUAGAACAUUCCAGCACAGUACAGGCCCUUCAGCCCUGAAUGUUGCACCGACCUGUGAAACCAAUCUGAAGCCCAUCUAACCUACACUAUUCCGAUACCAUCCAUAUGUUUAUCCAAUGACCAUUUAAAUGCCCUUAACAUUGGCGAGUCCACCAUUGUUGUAGUCAGGGCAUUCCACGCCCUUAAUACUCUCUCAGUGAAGAACCUGCCUCUGACACCUGUCCUAUAUCUAUCACCCCUAA